CUGUCACACGCCUCCCUGGUAUGAAAUAAACAGUAUUUAAAAGAAAUGUUUGCUAUUUAAUUUAUAUUUGGACCUCUAACCAUCUUUUACGGCGUUUGGAUUCUAUUAAUCAAAAGAUGUAUCUUCAGCUAUCCUUUCUGGCACUUCAGUUAUGUUUUCAGGCAACAUUUACAUAUGUACCUGGUCUAGGAACGAAAGAGGAAUAUUUGAAAAUGGUAGCUAACUUAAAUAUCACAAACAGUCCUGAUGACUCACGGAUAAAACUGGAAGAACAGUCGUGGAAAACAGAGAAUCCCUUCGAAUUUCCUUCAAUACCAGUUAAUCCAGAAAACGUUUAUAAAGAAACCUUCGGUGAGAAUGUCCACAAGUCAGAUGAGUAUUCAAGUUUCCCGUAUCGACUUCCGUACUCUUACGAUAAGAAUGAAUACAGCGUGCAAACAAGUGAAGAUCCACCCGAGAAUUUUGAAUUACCACCUGAAAUAGAACACCUAUUUCGCUACCCAGAACAUUUCGAAUGGAAGACUAACAAGGUAUAUCAGGGAAAGUCUGGUGGGAAUGUUCCCAAUAUAACUCAGGUACCAACUCACAGAACUGAAGUAUCUUAUGAUUGCUACAAGACGGAUCAAACAGACCUGAGUGAGUAUCUGCCUGGGGUUCCAGAAGAAAACGCUGUAAAUUACCCAGAACAAUUUGUAUGGAACGCUAGUAUAGUAUAUCAAGAAUCGUAUCUUCCCCCGCCAAUUGGGCCACCAAAUUACCUUUGCGAUAAGAUACAUCUUGAUCCAAUACGAGUUGGUUCUGUUCUUGAAAUUCCAGGACUUCAUUUUCCGAAUUACAAAGACAUCCCAUUAACGUCUUUUAACUGCUCAGACAAGCCUUAUAUUCCGGGAUAUUACGCCGAUUUGGAGACCGGAUGCCAGGCUUUCCACCUGUGUUUCGGAAAUAGUAAACAUAGUUUCUUAUGCCCUCUUGGUACAAUAUUUAACCAGGCAGUGCUGACAUGCAACUACUGGUACAACACCGAUUGCUCCAUGACGCCACACUUGUACGAAUUAAAUGCUCGAUCACAAACAGCAAGUCAAGAGAUGCAUAGUACAGUGAAAGAUUUUGAGACUGACAAAACCAGUAGUAGUUCUGGUAAAAAUGAAGAAAUGCUUUCAAAGAGUACUGUGAAAUACUACGAUCCACUACCUAAUGUUUCUCCCGUUACAGACGAAUUUCGAAGAUACUCUUCAAGACAUCCACCACCAGAGUCAGAUCUAUCGCAUAUUUUGAAGCUUUUACCCAUAAAAACAAAGGUUUCAGUCUAUCCAGUGUCGAAGGAAACAAAAGUUGAAGCGGUCGCAUCGAUCGGAAACAAUCGUGAAAGAAAACAAUGGAGCAUUUAUCAGCCACAUACAGAAUCUAAACCUAAACUUUCAACAUACAGCAGAGGCAUUGAUCCAUCGAUUAGUAAAAUAAUAGACGAUGCAUUUGACAUAGCAAGACAAGUAAUAGAUCGAGCUGCUGGAUUUAUUCCUCGAAGGGAAUCACAAAAUGUGAACAAAAAGGAGACAUCUAAGACAACUUUACCACGAACAAGAGUAUGACCUAAAUUAUCUGAAGAAACUUUACCGCUAACAAGAGUGGGACAAAAUU